UCGCCGCUCGGCCUCCUGCGGACAGGCUCGCGCGCCCUGGCGGCCGCCGCCACCACCAUGUCCGCCGCCAUCGAACAGGAGUUCCAGGAGAUCGACGCCACGAACGACUGGCAGGCGCGUUAUCUGGAAAUCCGACACAAAUCCAGUGACUACCCUCACAGAGUUGCAAAAUAUCCAGAAAACAGAAAUCGAAACAGAUACAGAGAUGUUAGUCCAUAUGAUCACAGUCGUGUAAAACUCCAGAACACUGAGAAUGAUUAUAUCAAUGCCAGCCUAGUGGUCAUAGAAGAAGCCCAGAGAUAUUAUAUUUUAACACAGGGUCCACUACCUAACACAUGUUGUCAUUUUUGGCUAAUGGUAUGGCAACAACAAACCAAAGCAGUUGUCAUGUUGAACAGGAUUGUUGAAAAAGAAUCGGUGAAGUGUGCACAAUACUGGCCAACAAAAAAAGACGACGUUAUGACAUUCAAUGAAACAGGAUUCCGUGUGAGACUGGUGUCUGAAGAUGUCAAAUCCUAUUACACAGUGCAUCUACUGCAAUUAGAAAAUAUCAAUAGUGGUGAGUCCAGGAUGAUCUCUCAUUUUCAUUAUACCACGUGGCCAGACUUUGGAGUUCCUGAAUCCCCAGCUUCAUUCCUGAACUUCCUGUUUAAAGUCAGAGAAUCUGGUUCACUGAGCCCCGAGCACGGACCUGCAGUUGUUCACUGCAGUGCGGGAAUAGGACGUUCCGGCACGUUUUCAUUAGUAGAUACUUGUCUUGUUCUGAUGGAGAAAAAAGACCCAUUUUCUGUAGAUAUUAAGAAGGUAUUACUGGAUAUGAGAAAAUAUCGAAUGGGACUUAUUCAGACUCCUGAUCAACUAAGAUUUUCAUAUAUGGCUGUAAUAGAAGGAGCAAAAUUUAUAAUGGGGGAUUCAACUAUACAGGAACGGUGGAAGGAGCUCUCUAAGGAGGACCAAGCACCAAGUUCUGAGCAGUCUCCUCCACGCCCAACCAAAAUAACCACAGAGAAGUACAAUGGGAACAGCAUAGGCCUGGAGAACAAUGAUCAGAUGGAGAAAAUAAACCCUGACCUGUCCACUAAGGUUCAAGAUAUCGUAGAUGGGAACGUUGAAAAUUCUGUCCGAAAACGACUGCGGGAGGAUAGAAGAGCGCAAACAGCACAGAAGCUGCAGCAGAUGAAGCAGAAGCUAAAUGAGACUGAAAGAAAAAGAAAAAGGUGGUUAUACUGGAAACCUAUUCUCACUAAGAUCGGGUUUGGUACACUGUUUUUAGUUGGUGCUUAUUUUUGCUGGAAAAUGUAUUUUCAAAAACAUUCCUUGUAAGUGAACAGUAAGUGUGACUGCUCCAACAGAUUUUGCUGGAAGGUAAUGAGUAGGGGUGUGAUUUUAAGCAUAAACUCCUUAUUCCUGGAAUGGGUACAGACUGUUACAGACAAUAGAGAAGUGAUGUAAACUUGAUCUCAUGUUGACAUCUCAGGACUUUCCACUGCAGGUACUUAGAAAAAUGAACUGCUGCCCCCCACAGAAUUGAUGGUUUUUGUUUAAUAUGAGCAGGUACAAACUUGCUGCAACUGUUUAUACACUUUUUAAAACGGUGUUCUACCAGAUCUUGAACAAAUGCUGAACCAUGGAGGUUUAGCUACUGAAGGCUGGCUGGAUUUAAAUUUACAUGCCUGACAUAAGCAAUAAACAGUGUUGUAUCAUUUACACUAUUAAUGCAAAGAAGUUAUCCUUAAAUAUGUGUAAUGUGUAAUGUACUAGUGACAUGAACAUAAACAUUUUAUAUUCUUACAACCUAGGAUAAAUAUAUUUUAUAAUUGCAUAUUUAAUCUUUUUGUAGUUCACUGUACUUUUAAAAGCUCAGUUUGUACAAAUUUCUGACCAAAAGAAUUUCAUUUUGAACCUAAAUGUAAUUAUAAUUUGUGCAUGAAAAGAAUAGUGCAACCAUUCCCCACAUUUGACUCUCCAGUGUGAAAUGAGCAGCUAGGGGUCUGAUGAAGCACUUGCCAAUUUCUACUCUGUUAAUUUGCAUUCCUUAUUUAUUUUUUGUAGUUUUCAUUAUUUAAUACUUGGAAUUUUUUUUAAGGCUUUUGACAACUUAGCCCCGACUGAAAGUCAUACUGUUGAUUAAUGUAUUCAGACUUCAGCUACUGUUUGAAGGCCAACAUUGCUCGAGUUCUGACAUUCCAUUAAAUGUAAAACAUGUUUUGUGUGUCUAUAGAUUUUAAUUGCUAGAACAAAUAAAAUUAAUUCACCAGUAAUAGUUGUAGAAAACACAUCGAAGGAAACUGUAGUUGAACUUCCAAGGGUGGCUCUAAUAGAAAAGAAAUGUUGGUAGUGUUCUGCCAUACCCGGUGUUUUCAGCUGUAUGAGCCACUUUAGUAGCUUUACAAAGUCUGGAACUGCUUUUCAGGUUCCUCAGCACUGUAUUAGACAUGCUAGUAAAACACAUUUAGGACUAAUAUUUUGGGAGAAUCUGUGCUACAGCCCCUUUAAAAUUAUUGAGCACUCCUUUUCCAUUACUUGAGUAGUAACACUUCCUAAGUAGUAAUUCAACACAAACCACUUUCUGCCCU